AUGUGGUGCAGCGGGAGCCCGGCUCGCGCCCGGAGCCCUGCCCGCGCGACUGAGCAUGCCCAGAGCUCCGGGCGCCUGCCCGCGCGCAGCCCGCGCGCCCACUCGGCGCUCUCGGGUUUGCAGGCGGCCCAGGCGGGAGUUGUAGUGGACCGUCGCGCGAAGACCGUCGCACGAAGUCGGGGUGAAGGCGGCGGCCGAGGAAGCGGGGAGCUCGAGAGGUGUGCGCUGGUGGCUGGCUGGGUGGGCGAACCUCGGCCAAAAGGCAAGGGACCUCAUUUGGGCGAGUCACUUGAGCUUAUGUAUAAAGUGGCUGCUCUGAAGCUGAAAUGUGAUAGCAUGUACAAAAGGAUCUUAGCAUUGUACCUGGCACCAAGAAAUAAUUAA